AUGCUCUUCACCAUCUCCCUCAGUCUACUGGCUCUGCCGGUUGUGCAUGUCGUUGCCAACCCAACUCCAAGCAGUACUCCAGCACCCGUCAAUGUGACAACGUGCAAUGGCAAGACUUACACCUACUCCGCGCUUGCUGGCUACGGUAAGCUAGCCAGCGACGCUCGCGACAAGUUCGGUGAUACCAUUGGCGGUAUCGGUAGCGCAAUUGCACUUGACAAGAAGAGCUGGAAGAAUAAGAAGGGCAAGAAGGAAGCGUACUCAGGCAUCGUGUACGGCCUGCCUGACCGCGGCUGGAACACCCAGGGCACGCAGAAUACGCAGAGCCGCAUUCACAAGUUCAGCUUCGACCUUGAGAUCGUGGAUGCCUCCGUGGAGAAGCCAGCAUCGCCAAACUUCAAGCUCACAUACCUUGACACCCUCCUGUUGACUGGACCGGAUGGCGCACCUCUGACUGGUCUUGAUCCGACUGGCAACAUUACAUACAAGGGCUUCCCGACCCUUCCAUUGGCUACAUACACUGGCGAUGGCUUUGGGAACAACGGAACAGGGGGUUCCCGCGUCCCUCUCGACACCGAAGGUCUGGUCCUUGGCGACGAUGGCACCUACUGGAUCAGCGACGAGUACGCAGCCUAUGUCUACCAGUUCGACAAGAACGGCAAGAUGAUCCAGACUAUUCGCACUCCUGAUGCUUUCGUUCCACUGCGCAACGACACGGAAUCGUUCAGCGCGGCCUCUCCACCAAUCUACGAUCAGGACUUCGAGAUCAGCCCCGAGGACCCCUCCACCGGACGGGCCAACAACCAAGGUCUUGAGGCCCUGACCGCCAGCCCAGACGGCAAGUAUCUGUACACCAUGCUGCAAAGUGCCACAAUCCAAGACGGGGGCUCCAAGUCGUCUACACGACGCAAUACACGCCUUCUCAAAUACCGUGUCAAGAGCAAGUCAGUCGAGCUCGAGGCAGAGUACGCCGUUCAGCUUCCUGUCCUCUCAACCAAGAAGGUUGCUGGCCAGUCUGAAAUUCAUUACAUCUCCGACACCCAGUUCCUCGUCCUAGCCCGCGAUUCCGGGGCCGGUCAUGGCCAGGACUCAUCUGAGUCCAUCUACCGCAACGCCGAUGUCAUCGACAUCUCCAAUGCCACCAACAUCAAGAACAAAUACGACGCUUUCAACGCUCAGAUCGCAAGCGACAAGGGCGAGCUCAAGAGCGAUAUCGUGCCCGCGACCUACUGCCCCUGGCUGUCGUACAACGUGAACUCACAGCUCAACCGCUUUGGCGUCCGAAAUGGAGGCGCGCAGGAUGCUAAUUUGCUGAACGAGAAGUGGGAGAGCUUUGCGAUUGCGCCGGUCGAUAGUGAUUACCAGACCAAGGGUGAGGGCAAGGAGUACUACUUGAUUUCAUUCUCAGACAACGACUUCAUCACCCAGAAUGGGUACAUCAAUUUUGGCAAGCAACCUUACAAGGACUCUUCUGGGUACAACCUGGACUCGCAGGUGUUG